AUGAUCACACGCAUGCAUAAACGUAUUAUAUCACUAUACAAUUUUCAGUCACCACCAUUUCAAUUAAAUUCUAAUUGUCCAUUAACGAUGUCAUUAUUAACCUUUGCUUCAAGAAUUGGUGGUAUAAUUGAUCAAACGUUCCUUUCAAAGUGCACUAUCGAUAAAAAAGUAGAAUCGUUUAUAAAAAAUCUGAAGCCAGUGCCGGCAUCAAAUGAUUAUCUUUCAUAUCAACCGGAACCGUUUUAUAACGCACAUGUUUAUAUUGAUCCAGACCUUGGACAUUCAGCAACGUAUGGGUUUGUUAGUCAUCCCGAUGAAUUUGUAACAUUUGGCUCACAAACUCUAGAACAGUUGGGUGCAACAAACUAUAGGGACUUAUCAGCGAGAAAACAAAAUUAUGAUCACAGAAAAUCAUCAUCAAUUCGACUACCACCACCAGUACAGAAACCAGAUUUGAUUAUCGAAUUACCUGCAGUCAAAAUUCCUAUUAAUAUGGAAGCCCAUUUUCAAGACGAAAAAUUUAAUUUUUCACUGUAA